GCUGUUGGUCAAACUUCCGGAAAGCCGAGCGCAGGGAAAGUGGACGGGAGCGCGCCCGCGUCCUCGUAGCGCAGGUCAUGUCUUGUUAUUGAGGUGAAGGGUCAGUCUGUGAGCUGUAGCACUGUAGACUUGCAUUUGGACUUUUCUGCUGCAUGACAACUGACGCCACUUUUAAUAAGAUCUAAAUAUGUUGCCGAAUACGGGAAAGCUCGCAGGUCGCACCCUGUUCAUUACCGGGGCCAGCCGUGGUAUCGGGAAGGCCAUCGCCUUGAAAGCUGCCCGAGAUGGUGCCAACGUGGUGAUCGCUGCCAAAACUGCCCAGCCGCAUCCCAAACUUCCUGGGACCAUCUACACUGCUGCAGAAGAAAUUCAGGCAGCUGGUGGUAAAGCCUUACCCUGUGUUGUGGAUAUCCGGGAUGAAAAUCAGAUCAGCAAUGCAGUGGAGCAAGCAGUAAAGAAAUUUGGAGGUAUUGACAUCUUGAUAAACAAUGCAAGCGCCAUAAAUUUAACUGGCACUGUGGAGACACCAAUGAAGAAAGUGGACCUGAUGCUGGGCAUCAACCUGAGAGGAACUUACCUGACGUCGAAGCUGUGUAUCCCAUACCUCCUGAAGAGUAAAAACCCUCACAUCCUCAACUUAAGCCCUCCACUCAAUCUGAAUCCCGUCUGGUUUAAAAAUCAUACAGCAUACACCAUGGCCAAAUACGGCAUGUCCAUGUGCGUUCUGGGAAUGGCUGAGGAAUUCAGAGGGUCUAUCGCAGUCAAUGCCUUGUGGCCCAAGACAGCCAUUCAGACGGCAGCCAUGGACAUGCUGGGAGGCUCUGGCAUCAGUAAGCAGUGCAGGAAGGUGGACAUCAUAGCAGACGCGGCCUACUCUAUCCUGAACAAGCCCACCACCUACACGGGCAAUUUCACCAUCGACGAGGACAUACUGAGAGCGGAAGGAAUCUCUGACUUUGACACAUAUGCCGUUGUUCCAGGACAUCCUCUGCUCCCUGACUUUUUCCUGGACAGCGACCCAGAAGAAGUUAAGAAGCAAAUGGUGGACGAGGGAACUAUGGCUGAACAGGCAAAUGCAGGAGGCAUGGCAGGCGGACCCAUUGCUGCCACCUUCAAAGCCAUUCAAGGAAUCCUGAGCCCCGAUGUCAUUAAAACGACGCAGGGAGUUUACAAGUUUAACAUCACUGGGGACGACGCCGGCGUGUGGUACAUCGACCUCAAGAACGGUCCGGGAAGCGCAGGCUUUGGGGAGCCACCGAACGGGGAGGCGGAUGUCAUCAUGACCUUGGACGGCGUGGACUUCAUCAAGAUGUUCAAAGGUCAACUGAAGCCAACGAUGGCAUUUAUGUCUGGAAAGCUGAAGAUUAAGGGUGAUAUGACUCUUGCCAUCAAGAUGGAGAAGAUGAUGACAAUGAUGACAUCUAAACUUUAAGAAAAACAUGCUGCCAUUUCUAAUUUUCUAAGCUUUGUAAUAAUGCUGAUUUAGCUGUUCUUCAGUCUCAUACGUAAAUACAAAUAUAACAAUUGUGUAUAAAUUUUGUGAAAACAUACACGAUCAGCUGUUGGUCUCCUGCAGGCUCUGUGCUCCUGUUAGGAUGACUCUGGGUGUGAAAAGGUGGCAUACACUCAAGGUUUUUCAGAGCGGUUCACAAAUGAUUCUGUUACCACCUGAACAUGUACAGCAGAUAUAGAAUGACUUUCAGAUUUGACGGAGGUGCCGUCACAGUAGAUGACCUCACCAAUUCUGAAGAUGCUGCCCUUACUAUAAUGACAGAAUUACUGCACAGCUAAACUUUCAGCGAAGCUGACAAUCUGACAGCAGUGUUUAGCAGAGUCACCAGUGUGUUUAUGGUUAAGGAUUAACUCCAUCAGGCUUUACAAUUAACAAUGGUUUAAAAGAAACUGGAAGUGAUUCAUAUCUUCAUGACCCAAAGGGGUUGUCAAAUCCUAAACCACAGACAUCAAAACCUCAGCAGUAGUACUAAGUGCCUGAUAAUUAUUAGUGGUGGCAGGGGCUCAAAAAAAGAUCAAAACUUAUCUAGUGACACAUUUCAUCACUCGGGAUCCGGUGUCCCCAUCACAUUUCAGGACUGGAUUAACAAACUAAAUUCACAACUUCCAAUUGGUUUAAACCAAGCAUGCUAACAAAUAAAGAAUGGAAGCUCAGCACGUGAAGCAGAAAGUCUGGGAAAAGUCAUUGCCAACAAGCCUCUGACCCCCAAAAUUGAUAACCCCACCCUAAACAGGAGGUGUCCAAGUAUGGACCAAUUAGAUCACAUGCCCAUUUUGGGAUUAUCCACCUCAUUUGAUAUAACACCAACCUGUGAAACAACAAACAUGCUUAGAUUGAAUUGUGUCAAUAAAGGACAACAAAUAGACUGAAAGGAA